GGUGUUUUCAAGUGACGGUGCGUGUCUGUGCCGAGUGCCCGGGUCCGAGUAAUACGCCAGUACGGCGGAAGUGUUGGACGUGACUGAACCAAAGUGAGUGCAAUAGAAAUCCCCUCGGUGCAUAUAUUCGGGUGCAUAGACACUCCAGUUCAGUUCCAUUUCAAUGCUCCGAUGAGGUGAAAGCGAAACACAAUGAGUCUGGCGCUGUAUAAAGUGUUGACCAUUGUCGGUGUCUGGCUGGUGAGCUGCAGCGCGGUGCUGGCCAUACGCAUUGAACAACCAGAACCCGUGAGCUUUGUCCGGAGCAGCGUAGAACGAAUACCGGCCCAUGGAUUCGAGAAGCAGGUAGUAGCCGAUACGGAGAGCCAUGACUAUGGUAGUGAGUCACUGCCGCUGCGUAGUGCCGUCGAAAGUAUUCCGGCCAAUCUCAUCGAUGAACGUCUUCCACUGCGGGAUUCUGUAGAGUUCCGCAUCAUCGACAUGGACGAUGCGAUUGAGGACACGGUAAGCAAGGUGAAGCAUGUUGUUAGCAAACAACAGCUAAAGUGGGUUACCUCACCGAAAACUGUGGAUGCCGAAAGCUUCAAGAGUUUCUUCCGUGGGGAGGAUAAGUUCGCUGCCUACGUUAUACCCGCGCGGCCUGCUAAUCGACCGAUGCCUUACCGGGCAGGAUCUCCAUAUCAACAGUUGCUUAGCAGCAAGGACAUUGUGAAUACUCCGAUGAGUUUAAUGCAGGUGCCCUCGUACCGACAGGCGGGUAAAGGCGAUUAUAAAGUCGUCUGUCACAUGACUAGCUGGGGUUUCUAUCGUAAAGGAGAGGCCCAGUUUGUUCCGGAAAACCUGGACGCCAGUCUGUGCACGCACAUAGUGUACUCGUUCGCGUCACUCGAUCCAAUCACCUUAACGAUGAAGGAGUUUGAUAGUUGGGCAGAUCUGGAUAACAAUAUGUACCACAGGACCGUAUCUGCUGCGGGAGAAGUUCCUGUGCUGCUCGGACUAGGAGGAUGGACUGAUUCGGCGGGUGAGAAGUAUUCCGAACUAACGGGCUCCUCUAGUAACCGUCUGAAUUUCAUCACAAAUGCGAUCGUGUUUCUAAAGAAACAUCGCUUCUCCGGACUGCACAUGGACUGGAACUAUCCAGUUUGCUGGCAGAGCGAUUGCUCACAAGGUUCCUCGAGCGACAAGCAAAACUUUGCCACUUUGAUCCGCGAGCUACGCAAGGCAUUCGAAGCGGAAAACCUAUUGCUCAGCACGAGUAUAUCAGGGUACAAGGAAGUUAUUGCCGUUGCGUAUGAUAUGGUGGAGAUCUCGAAACACGUAGAUUUCAUGACCGUCAUGACGUACGAUUAUCAUGGAUCGUGGGAAGAACAGACCGGCCAUGUCAGUCCACUGUACGGUAGCGCCACCGAUAAGUAUCCCCAGUACAAUACGGACUACGCAAUGCAACUGCUGGUCAACAUGGGAGCUGAUAAGCAGAAACUUAUCGUUGGGGUGCCGAUGUAUGGACAAACGUUUACCUUAGCUCAGAGCACACGAGGCGCUCCGGGAGAGGGAAGUCCUGCUACGGGAGCUGGUGAUGCUGGCGAAGACACAAAGCAACCCGGAAUGUUGGCUUACUAUGAGAUCUGCCAAAGGGUGCGGAAACAAAAGUGGACCGUUGGUCGAGAUGCAACGAUGAAAUCUGGCCCAUACGCUACCGACGGAAAGCAGUGGGUUGGCUACGAUGAUCCAGUGUCGGCAACGGCGAAAGCAAAGUACGCCAUCAAGUCUGGAUUCGGUGGUAUAGCCGCGUGGACUGUGGAUUUAGAUGACUACCAGAACCGCUGCUGCGAGGAAAGCUAUCCCGUUCUAAGGGCCAUUAACCGAGCCCUAGGACGCUUGAGCACUCCCGCGCCGAGUAGUAUGGAUUGUUCGCGACCAUCAAAACCAGUAACUCCAGUUCCGGCCGAGAUGACGUUUGGUCCGGAGAGUGGUUUUGGAAGUACUACUACCACACCGGCUCACUCACAUACAACAUGGCCAUCGUGGACACCGGAUAGUACCACUACUACCCGCCGAACCACCACAACGACGGCUCCAACGACAACUACCACAACUACCACUACAAGAACGACUUCAACCCGUCGAACGACAACGACAACUCCAACGACGACAACCACCACCGAGAGUCCACCGGUCACAACGGUUGGCACAACCAUCCCAGUACCGGGCCUAAUAAUGCCGGAGCUGAGCGACGCCGAAAGCUGUGAAGGUAAUCAGUACAAGGCCCAUCCAACGAAUUGCAACUCGUACUAUCGCUGUGUGUUGUCGGAGUUUAAGCAACAGUUUUGCGCUGGCGGUCUGCAUUGGAACGCUGCAGCUAAGCUGUGUGAUUGGCCAGCUUCAGCAAAGUGUGAAAUGGACAUGGAAUCAACGGUGGCACCGACAUCUACCACAGAACAAACGACAACAUCUACUUCGAGACGUACGACGACCUCCAAUAGACGUACGACGACAACUACGCAAGGACCAACGACUCGUCCUACUCGAAGGAAGACAACGCCUGCAAGAGUCCCAAACACACCUAGACCAACGACCAGACCUACCACGACUACUACCACGACCACGACUCCGGCUCUCGCUCCAGUCAACAAUCCCAUGGAAACUUGUCGAAAUGGCGAAUACUAUCCGCACCGGAACUGCGACAGUUUCUACAUUUGUGUGAAUGAGAAAAAGGUGGAACAACAGUGUGGUCCCGAUUUGUACUGGAGCCAGACGGAUAAAAAUUGCGACUGGGAAGAGAACGUAAACUGCAUCAGUAAUGAGCUGUACUUCAGACUUUUGCGUAAAUCCAGCGCCUUGAAGGUUCUAUCUGAGGAUGAUCCAUGUGAUGGCAACACACAUGUCCCAUUUCCGGGCGAUUGCAGUCAGUAUUUAGUGUGUAACUGGGGCCGUCUAGAGUCGGCUAGCUGUGCCGAUGGUCUGCACUGGAAUCAACAGCUGCAUAUAUGCGACUGGCCAGCAAAUGCCCGUUGUUCCCAGGGUGCAAUUCCUGAGAGUACGGAAAACAACUCGGAUGAGAAUAAUUCGUGGCAGAAUUCGAACCAAGACAUCGAUGGUCCACAGUAUGUCGUCUCGACGACCGAGAAACGUACCACAACGACCGCCAGGACGACUACAACAACAAGGGCGCCCUCUACACCACCGCCAGUGCUGGAUCCACUGUCCGGGUACUACAAAAUGGUGUGCUACUUCACGAACUGGGCCUGGUAUCGGAAGGGAUACGGCAAGUACACACCGGACCAUAUCCGAACCGAUCUCUGCACGCACAUUGUGUACGGGUUUGCCGUGCUGGAUUACUCCACGUUGACCAUUAAGACCCACGACUCGUGGGCGGAUAUAGACAACAAGUUUUAUACGCGUGUUGUGGCCGCUAAGGAGAAGGGAGUCAAGGUGACGCUUGCCAUCGGUGGUUGGAAUGAUUCGGCUGGCGAUAAGUAUAGCCGGUUGGUGCGAAGUGCUUCCGCUCGGGCCAAGUUUGUGGAGCAUGUGAUCGGAUUCCUGGAGAAGUAUGGUUUCGAGGGACUGGAUCUGGACUGGGAGUAUCCGGUUUGCUGGCAGGUGGAUUGUAAGAAAGGAUUCGCCGAUGAGAAGGAAGGAUUUACGGAGCUAGUACGGGAACUUUCGGAAGCCUUCAAGCCCCGUGGAUGGUUGCUAUCUGCUGCCGUUUCACCCAGUAAGACGGUCAUUGACGCGGGGUAUGAUGUGGCCGCGUUGGCCAAGUACUUUGAUUGGAUUGCUGUCAUGACUUACGAUUUCCAUGGUCAGUGGGACAAACAAACUGGCCAUGUUGCACCGUUGUACUAUCAUCCAGAAGAUGAAAUCGAUUUCUUUAAUGCAAACUAUUCCAUCAACUAUUGGAUACAGAAGGGAGCACCGUCGAGAAAAAUCGUCAUGGGAAUGCCACUGUAUGGUCAAUCUUUCCAACUGGCAGAUACGAAAAAGAAUGGACUAAACGCGAAAGCACCGGGCGCGGGACAAGCAGGCGAGUUUACUAAGGCGGCCGGAUUUUUGGCGUAUUACGAAAUCUGUGACCGUAUACAGAACAAGGAAUGGACGGUGGUACAGGACGAGCUGCAGCGGAUGGGACCAUACGCCUACAAGGGCAAUCAGUGGGUAUCAUUCGACGAUAAGGAAGCGUUAUUGAGAAAGGUACAAUUUAUCCGUGCCAUGGACCUUGGUGGUGGCAUGAUCUGGGCACUGGAUUUGGAUGACUUUAAGGAUCGCUGUGGCCAGGGAAGUCAUCCUCUGCUAACGGCCAUUCGGGAAGGUUUACGUGAUGCACCAACCGGUAACGAAGUCUUGCCACCUGUGGUUCUUAAUCCUAUGGAUAGCGAAAACACCCCACCAUCGACUAUACAGAAUCUCAACGGUGGAAUCACUUCGCCGGAAAAGCAACAGCCAGGUUCGAUGGACAGCGGCGAGAUUGAGGAGAACUUAGUCGAUGGAGAAAGCUACAAAGUCGUCUGCUACUUCACCAACUGGGCCUGGUAUAGGCAGGGCAAUGGGAAGUAUCUCCCAGAAGACAUUGAUCCUCAGCUGUGCACUCACAUCGUGUACGGAUUUGCGGUACUGGAUCGGGAAGCUCUCACGAUCAAGCCACACGAUUCGUGGGCCGACAUCGACAAUCGGUUCUACGAGCGUGUAGUUGAAUUGAAGAAAAAGGGCAAAAAAGUGACCGUAGCCAUUGGCGGAUGGAAUGAUUCCGCUGGCGACAAGUACAGUCGACUGGUGCGAAGCGAACAGGCCAGAAAGCGCUUCAUCGACAAUGUGUUGCAGUUUAUCGAGAAGUACAACUUCGAUGGACUGGAUUUGGAUUGGGAGUAUCCUGUUUGCUGGCAGGUUGAUUGCAACAAAGGAUACGCGGAUGAGAAGGAAGGAUUCGCCAGGCUGGUCAAGGAAUUGUCUGCUGUGUUUAAACCGAAAGGGUAUCUACUUUCGUCAGCGGUCUCGCCGAGUAAGAAGGUCAUUGAUGCUGGGUAUGAUGUACCCACCCUAUCGCGCUACAUGGACUGGAUAGCGGUUAUGGCGUAUGAUUAUCAUGGUCAGUGGGAUAAGAAGACUGGCCAUGUGGCGCCGAUGUACGAGCAUCCGGAUGAUUUUGAUAAAACGUUCAACGCUAACUUUACCAUCCACUACUGGAUCGAGAAGGGGGCCGAUCCACGCAAAUUGGUCAUGGGAAUGCCCACGUACGGUCAAUCGUUCUCACUGGCCGACAACAACAAUCACGAUCUGAACGCCCAAACGUAUGGUGGCGGUGAAGCUGGCGAUCAAACAAGGGCUCGCGGAUUUUUGUCCUAUUAUGAAAUUUGUGCCAAUAUUCGUGACAAAAAUUGGAACGUCGUUAGAGACCGCAAAGGACGUAUGGGUCCGUACGCUUACAAGGGCGAUCAGUGGGUGUCCUUUGACGACCAGUACAUGAUUCGCCACAAGAGCCAGUUCGUGAAAGCGAUGGGUCUCGGUGGUGCCAUGAUCUGGGCAUUGGAUUUAGACGAUUUCCGAAAUCUCUGUGACUGCGAAGAGUAUCCUUUGCUGCGAACUAUUAACCGGGUGCUACGCAACUAUCCCGGUCCCGGACCAAAGUGUACCCUUGGAGCAGGAAAGCCUGCUAACGAACCACCUAAAGAGCGUCCCACAACGGCCAUGGCUACGGUGACCAACCCGACUACUUCGAAACCAAUGGCCAGGCCUACUACCACUACUACCACCACCAUGCGAACAACUACGACCCGGAAAACAACGACAACGCGUAGGCCUACUACUACCCGAACUACUGCCCGGCCUACUACCACAAUGCGAACCACAAGACCGUCUAUCGAUGAAAUAGAUACGGACGGCUCGAGAGGAGUAUGCGAUGGCCGACUAUUUGUCCCCCAUGAAACGGAUUGCUCCAAGUACUAUGUUUGUACGAAUGGUAAACGUUAUCUGCAAACUUGUCCUGCAAACACUCUGUGGAAUGAUGGUUACUGCGAUUGGGCAGAGAACAGCAAAUGUAGAAACAAGCAGGGACCGGUAGCAUCAGUGACUCCGAGCACCGAAGCAGCCAGUUGGCAGACAACGACAAUGCGAACAUCCACCACGUCCACUCGACGUCCCACAACUACUACAUCGACGACCCAGCGACCUACUAGGAAACCCUCAACAACGACCACUACCGUGGCCCCGUCCAAACCGGACACUCCACUAACCGGAAAUAAUGACUACAAAGUCGUGUGUUACUUCACCAACUGGGCCUGGUACCGGCAAGGGGAUGGCAAGUACACACCGGACGAUAUCGAUAGUACCCUCUGCACGCACAUCGUGUACGGAUUUGCGGUACUGGAUCGUGAAAGUUUGACCAUCAAAACGCACGACUCGUGGGCCGAUAUCGAUAAUCGGUUCUAUGAACGUGUGGUGGAGCAGAAAAGAAAGGGCACCAAGGUGACGCUUGCGCUGGGCGGUUGGAAUGAUUCGCUGGGCGAUAAGUACAGCAAAUUGGUCCGGGAUGCAGCGGCCAGGGCACGGUUUGUUAAGCAUGCCGUCGAGUUUAUCGAAAAGUACGAUUUCGAUGGUUUGGAUCUGGAUUGGGAGUACCCGGUUUGCUGGCAGGUGGACUGCCAGAAAGGAUACGCGGAUGAGAAGGAAGGGUUUGCACGGCUCGUGCAGGAGCUGGCCGUUGAGUUCCGACCGCGCGAAUGGCUCCUUUCGGCCGCUGUAUCGCCCAGCAAAAUGGUAAUCGACGCGGGGUACGAUGUGCCUGCGUUGGCAGAAUAUUUCGAUUGGAUUGCCGUCAUGACAUACGAUUUCCAUGGAAACUGGGACAAGCAAACGGGGCACGUGGCACCGCUCUACUACUAUCCGGGCGAUACGUACGACUACUUCAAUGCCAACUUCUCCAUCAAUUACUGGAUCGAAAAGGGUGCACCGUCGCGGAAGUUGGUCAUGGGCAUGCCGCUUUAUGGGCAAUCAUUUUCGCUUGCCGAUGCGCGUCGGAAUGGGUUGAACGAUAAAUCGUACGGACCCGGCGAGGCGGGAGAAUUCACACGCGCUGGAGGGUUCCUUUCGUUCUACGAGAUCUGCGAAAAGGUCAAUCGUCGCGGGUGGUCGGUGCAGCGCGACCCGGAAGGCAGAAUUGGACCGUACGCGUACAGUGGCAACCAGUGGGUAUCGUACGAUGAUGUCGAUGAAAUACGGCGCAAAUCACAGUUUGUGAAGCAAAUGAACCUUGGCGGCGGAAUGGUAUGGGCGCUGGAUUUGGAUGAUUUCCGGGGAAAGUGUGGAUGCGGAACCCAUCCGUUGCUGCGGACGAUGAAUUUGGAGCUUGGCCGUAUCAGCACACAAUCGCCGGAAAAUUGUACCUAAGGGGAGCGACGGAAUCACGCGCACAAGAUCACGCCGGUAUGUCCGUAUGUGCGCCAUAUGGAUUCGGAAUUGUGUCAUAAAUAAUCCUAAUUAGAAAGUAACAAUCUGAAACAAUAA